AUGACAUUUGAGAAUGAUCAGAGAUUUCUAAAUCGUCGUGAUGCAAUCUGGUUUUGUUUUGGUGAACUGUCAGUGAUUCAAGAUAACGAUGGACCUUUAUCAUAUCAUGGCAUUGAUGAUGAUGUUGACAUCUCGAAAAGGGUAGAAGAAGAUCCCCAGGUAAUUUUAAGAGCCGUUUUACCUAAGCUUUAUUUCAAACGCUGUAAUACAAUUGAAGGAAAAAAGCCUAGAAAGUGCCUGUCAUUAGUUCUACCUCGAUACCGUACCGAGGAGAGGAAGGCCCCGGUGCUCAUAACGACAAGGAAUGCCACAUCCACGUCUGAUGCCAAGCCAUAUGCCCAUUUGAGAGCCAUGGAGGAGGUUUUUGAUAUUAGCAACGAUCCAGAGACGCUGGAAGACUCUGAAAUUGAAGAGCUUUUGCACCAAUCGCCCUUGGAAGGACCUGAAGGCGACGAAUUGGAGAAAAGCAGUGCCACAACUCUAGAACGCAUAUACUUGCUUGUCACUGAGAACUCUAUUUGCCGGGUGGGGGACGUUAUGCCGCUUUUUACCCACCGAGGAAUCGAUGAAUGCCAGGUUUUUAAUCUGGGAGAUGCUAAUCCCAUCAUCGUGGUAACCUUAACCACCGGCCAUCUUUAUGGCAUGACUAUAAACAAAACAUUGGAAUACGUCACUCUUAAUUACUGUCUGGAUCUUGGAUCAGACGGACCCUGGUGCGUCAGAAGACAUCAGCACGCCAAAGAGUUUAUGACAUUUAAUGGCAGAGAAGGUGUUUGCAAGUUUUUUGAGAUCGGAAACCAAGGCCAGGUCCAGGCUGUGAAUAAUUUAGUUCUUGACGAUUGCACGAUACUGGAAUGCAUCUUCUUUCCAAAUGAGAAUGACUCUCAUUUCUUCCUGUUUAUCGCUGCGCUGCAGUCAAACCGUUUAAUGUACUACUGUAUUGAGUGGGAUACAAGCGAGCCAAAAGUCAAGAAGGUGCAUUAUUUGACUUAUUGGACGGACCACACCUUCGAGGCGUGCGCACCUUUGAGUGAUAACAAGAUUUUAGUAUUUUACGUCGGAGUAUUGGAGGUAAUCUCAGCGAAUCAGCUCAUGUCAGGCGAAACAAACUUUAAUAGAUCCGAGGCGGGCAAUCUUCGAGCCAUUCGUGAUCAUUUCUAUGCUCCCAAGCUAUUGGAGCUUCUCAAACGGGAACGCGCGGAAGAGUUCUCUAAGUUCGAGCAUUGCCUUGUGGUCGGCGCUCUAAGUGGUCAUAUAAAUGCAUGUUUGGUAGAUGGUAACGAUCAGACCACAAUUUACUCACUGACAAGGUUCAAGGGAUUAAGCGGUUUAUGUUCCAUGGAUGAAAGGGCAGACCUUGACAAUGAGUAUCCAUUGAUUGUCAUUAGUUAUGGCAGAACGAUUGAAUUAUUCAUAGAUAUUGGAGAAAUGCGGCCGACUACCUCAGCUAACCUGGUCUCGUCAUUUAGUGCACUCACUUUCAAGCAUACGAUGGAUAGUUCCUCGGAAGGAACAUCUGAAAUUAUGGUUGUUCCACCCAGGAAGCGAUGGGGUAGACACGCCUCUGAGAUAUGGCUAACAUCACCCACGGCAAUCACCAAUUUUCAGACUUCGGGGUCACUCCGGAAAGUCUACCGUAUUUGCAAGCUGCGGCACAUUUCAUUCUUCAAUUCAGCCAGAUGCUAUCCUUUGAAUGGCCUUCAGCCAGAAUUUAGAAAUCGCUUGUCCAGAGAUUUGGGUAAGUUAGGCCAGCAAGCAUACAUUAUUUUCGGAACUGAUCGGACGCCGGUUAGCACAGCACCCUCAUCUACAUGCCUUACAUUAGACCUGUCCACUGCAGAGCCCCAGUUGACUGAAGUCGAUGAUUUAAUGAUCAGAACCGAUGAAGAAUGCUUUGAGGUCUUUCUCACUUCCAGAUUCCUGAUUCAGGUUUCAAGAAGAAGCAUAUAUGCUCAAUCUUUAAAGUUUGGAAUAGAUGAUGAGCCAAUUAUAUACAGCCCUGGGUGGCGGAUUGAUGGGGUCGCACGUUUCGAACAGGCCGUUAUCAUAUGGAAUGAUAAAGAACGUCAGAUGCAGUAUAUUGAGGACAUAAACUGUAUCGAUAAAAAGGAGUUCCCUGCGAUAAAUCUCUCUGAUGACGGCAUGACAGGCAUCGAGGAAGGUCAGUUAGAGUGCCAAUUGGUGAGAGGGAGCGAUGGGAAAAUCAUUGUGUACUUGGCUGGAAACGGCAAACUUAUCAAACUCUCUCCUAAUCUUUCCGGCCCAGCGAAAGCUAUCACCUUGUGCUCUGGACAGAUCAAGACGAUGACAUGUUUGAAGGACUGGCUCUGUUUUAUACGAAAUGGAGGCGAGAUCAUAGCAGUCAGACAUUCGGAUCUUUCCAUGCAAUCCGUUGACCUUGAUUUUCAGUUUAGUGAUAUCCGACUGCGAAAGAUGAAUGAUUGCAGCUGUCUGGUAUUUUCGACUCAGGAAGUAGCGGUCUUCACAUUAGCAGACACUGACAGCUUCCGCUACUGUUUCUACGAACUAAAUUUGCCAUACGAGACAAACGUCAAUGCGUCUAUUGUAGAUGUUCAAGUGGACGAAGUUAACGGCAAAGUUUUCCUCCAGCGCUUCGAUGGGCUGCAUGUAUUGGAAAUGUCGUACUACUCAUGGAACCGCUCCAAGUACAUUCUGCGUUCAACCAGGGACAUGAACAAGAAGUUCAUUUUUGUUGAGAAAAUUAACAGGAUGCUCGUAGUCAAUUUCGACUCUCGUAAGUGGGAUUGCAUCAAGCUAAGUAACGGGAAAACCCUGUCAUUAAAUCCGUCUGUGCUUUUCGAAGAAACUGCGUCACUAGUCGAUGUCGUCGAAAUACCAACUGAGGACAAAUCAGUAACGCUGGUAUUGAAUUUCGGAAAACUUAUCAAGCUAGUCCAUUUGUUGCCCCAACGUGGCAAGAUCAUUGUUAAGCAAGGCCACAAAGUGUGUUUUGGUUUCCCCAUAUUACCUUUUGCUGCGAUCAGACCAGAUGGAGGCCUUUAUAUCUUGCGUGCGGAGCACAAGAACGAGACCCAGCUUGACGAGGCCACGAUUUUGGCCGUCGAAGUGAGUGAGACAGGUCUAAAAUUUACCCAGGGCCUCACGUUCUAUAUCGAAGAUGUGAGACAGAUCAAGGAGUUUAAAAUCUAUGGCCGGGACAUUAUUGUUAACCAUGCCGGCUACAACACGAUAUUUCUUCUCAAAGACAUUCGUAAAUCCAUGCUCAGGAAACAAAUCAAAAUCAUUGCGUUGGAGGUUGAUCCGGGAUUCAGCUUACGGUCUCUUCACCCACUGAACGGCGAUUGCUUUGUGGCGGCAGUGCAAUCUCGCGAGCCCAGCGUUACACUUUCUCAUCUGCUAUUCUUCCACAGAUCAGACGUGGAACUGCAGAGCAGCCUCGAUGGGAUGCCGGCCGGGCAGCAGUACGAUUAUUUUGAACGCGCUGCGGCGGCUCACACUGCCCAGGUAUCCUCUCGCCUCCAGAAUAGCACUGACGCGGAGGCCGGCGAAGACGAUGAGACAGAUGAGAUGGACGAAAUGGACGAAAUAGAUGCCUUUGCGAGACCCGCACAGCCGGCUCCCGGAGUGAGACACAACGAUGCGCAUCUAGGCGAGCCGUACAGCACAAUCACGCUGGCGUACCACGUCAAAGACCUCGCGUACGACGCCGCUGACCAGAAGCUUCUUGUGCUGGCCACGGAUGAUUCUGUCGCCGUCUACCAGCUCGACACCGGAGCAGAACACCGAGCUGCUGGCACACCUGCGAGUGUCUGA